GCCCUGCCCCGCCGGCCUGUCAGGCUCCUGCUUUCAUUGAAAAGUCACGGCUUUGCACAGAAGUUUAGGAAAUACUUUCCCUUUGCAUCGUUAGACAUGGAAGUAAUGAAACCUUUAAUUGAUGAACAAAAUUCAGAUGACAUCUCGGAUGAAGAGCAUGAAAACAAUUUCCUGCCAGUCGAGAAGCAAUACCAGCUUGAUAAUGAAGAAGGCAUUACGUUUAUACAAACACUUACUCACCUCCUCAAGGGAAACAUUGGAACUGGGCUUCUUGGUCUCCCACUUGCAAUUAAAAAUGCUGGCAUUGUGAUUGGACCAAUCAGCCUUGUGUUCAUAGGAGUUAUAUCUGUUCACUGUAUGCACAUCUUGGUACGUUGCAGCCACUCUCUAUGUCAGAGGAUGAAAAAAUCCUCACUGGGGUAUAGUGAUACAGUUAGUUAUGCCAUGGAAGUGGGGCCCCUGACUGCUCUUCAUAAACGAGCUUCUUGGGGACGGUGCAUUGUGGACUUUUUCCUAGUGAUAACACAGCUGGGAUUUUGUAGUGUUUAUGUUGUGUUCUUGGCAGAAAAUGUGAAACAAGUCCAUGAAGGAUUCUUGGAAGACAAAACUGCUCCCAUAAAUGUCAGUGCUGCCAGCAGUUCUUCUGAGAAAAGAAGUACUGAUUUACGAAUAUACAUGCUGUGUUUCCUGCCAUUCUUGAUCCUCCUAGUCUUUAUUCGUGACCUUAAGAGCCUCUCCUUGCUUUCAUUACUUGCCAAUCUGUCAAUGGCUGUCAGCCUGGUGAUCAUUUACCAGUAUAUUGUUAGAGAUAUCAUAGAUCCUCGAAAACUGUCUCCUGUGGUUGGCUGGAAGAAGUACCCACUGUUUUUUGGGACUGCAAUAUUUGCUUUUGAAGGAAUUGGUGUGGUACUUCCGUUGGAAAACAGAAUGAAGGACACCACGCGUUUCCCACAGGCACUGAACAUUGGCAUGGGAAUAGUCAUGACACUGUAUAUCUCACUGGCCACUCUGGGGUAUCUGCGCUUUGGGGAUGAAAUCAAAGGCAGCAUAACUUUAAACCUGCCACAACAUAUAUGGUUGUAUCAGUCUGUAAAAAUUCUGUACUCCUUUGGGAUUUUUGUGACCUAUUCAAUUCAGUACUACGUCCCUGCGGAGAUUCUCAUUCCGGCUGUCACCUCCAGAGUGGAGCAGAAGUGGAAGUUGCUCAGUGAGCUUGUGGCGAGAGCACUAUUAGUCUGCUCAACCUGUGCUGUAGCAAUUUUGAUCCCUCGCCUGGACCUGGUGAUUUCUUUUGUAGGAGCCGUCAGCAGCAGCACGCUGGCACUGAUUCUGCCACCUCUGGUUGAAAUCCUCACUUUCUACAAGGAAAACUUAAGUUUAUGGACGGUUUUUAAAGAUGUUUUUAUAGCUGUCAUUGGAGUUGUUGGAUUUUUAACAGGGACAUAUGUGACAGUUGAAGAAAUAAUUUCUCCUGCAUCCACAGUUCUAGCUAACGCAACGGAGAGCAUCUCUGCAGAUUUAAAUGCUACAAACUUGGUGGUUGGUUUAAAGUAAUAACCAGGCACUGUGAACUAUUUUGUUCCUUAACAAGAAGAUGGAUGGCAGACCUAUGUGUGCGACAAAUUCUAAUGGAUUUUAAAUGAAUUUUUGAAAAAUAGCAUGCAGCCCUUUCUCACUCUGUUGUUGGUUCUUUCCUUCAUUUCUUCCCAUCCACUACCUGAAUUUUAACCCCUUUGCUCUCAGCCUCUGCUCAUCUAGUGAAAAACUGAAUUGAUGUCAGGAUUUAAAAUAUACACAUGAAUAUAGGAAGGAAAUAUUAUUUUAGGUUAUUUGUAAGAAAAAAGUAAUAAUUUUUAUAAAGAAGUCAAGAUUCCUUCCUCCUCAGAAAAGGUGGAAGUCAGUCCUUUCACCAUAUCCAGGCAGCAAGUCUAGGCACUACUGUUUUCACUCCAGCACUGUUGUAAGGGUUGGAGUGGGAGCUCAGUGAUACGUACACCUCCUCUUGGCUGUCUCUGACGGUGUGAAUCGCACCCCAGUGAACCAGAGACACUUCAGUUUUAAAAAAGAGCAGCUCUGGUUUUCAUUUCCAUAGUGAAGACCUAGAUGUUUGCCAUGGAUAAGUUUUUGGGUAAUUGCACUUUCCUGGCUCUGGUUCCUGGGAGUCAGUGUGCCUGGAAUCAGAAUGCACUGUGCAGAAUGAUUGUGACUCUUGUUUGGUCUUGGCUCCAAGGGGAGUUUUUCAAGCAUUUGGAAGGACCAAGCCCUCCCUGGUUGGUACAGCAGACCACUGCUGGUGGGGCGUUACAUGACAGGAAGCAUAAAGGCAUUUUUUCAUGCUGACCACCUUAACAUUUAAGAUGAAGAAUGUACAAGACUAUAAGGUAAAGUUUAAAAGUGAAGGCCAGACCUUUUAUUAGGCCAAAAGGUAGCUAGUUGGGAGUAUUCCUGCCAUUUUACAUGAUCUGUUACUAUAUGUUCCUGUAACAUGAGCUGUUCAGAAUGGCUGGAUCCCUGUUCCAGGGAAAUGGCAACUGUGAUGCUCAGUAGAGCCAUGGAAGUCUGACUGUCCAGAGCAACUUAAAGAUUCACGAUGUUAAUUUCUGCGUGCGAAAGGAAAGGAUGAGACACUACUUUCUAGAAUGGAGCUUGUGACGUACUUUCAGAUGUAUAAGCUGUGGGUGAAUUGUGGAAGAACUUGUGAUUCCACAGGACUGUGAGCUGAGGGGUGCACCAAGGAUGUCUAUUUUAAAGCCCUUCCAUGCUCAAGCACACCGCUUGCCUGCAGGUUGUCCGAAUAACUGACUCAAGACUUGCUUUCAACUACUGGUACUUUGAAGAGAGGUACAGUUCAUGAGAGAUGUGAGGUAUAUGUGUGAAGAUACGAUACUUUUUUUUAGAAAGUAAUUAUAUAUCCAUUUUGGAUUUUGAAUGAAAAGUUACAGGAUUAUGUUUAUCAGAGCAAUAUUACUUUCAUGAUGCUAAAACAUUCAACACCGCAAAUGAUAAGCAGUUUAUUUUUGUACAUUUUGGUAACUGAUGUCCUGACCCAUUUUUUACACUAUUUCUUUAUCCUUGAUUUCAACUGUACAAAUGUAUGAAAUACUGUAUUUUUUUUUUACCUAUUUCUAGAAGUCUGUAGACUGCCUAUCUAUAUUUCUAUUGGAACAUAUAAUAAUUAUUUUUGCAUUCUUCUGUUCUGCCUUAAAUAGGAUCUAACAUGCCCUUUACUGAUUUUUGUUUCUUUUAUCUAUUUUGGAAGAAAAAAAGAACAAGUUGGUAAUCGGGUAGAAAUUAGUUUUGUUCAGUAACCUGCAUGCUGAGUCCUGAACCAGAAUCCUGAUUUUCAGGGUUCUUAUUUGACUUUCUGGCUCACACUUCAUAGAUGACUUUCAUUCCAAAUGCUAAAAGUAUAUUUUUGGUCUUGUUUUCUAAAAACACUCUAUAUUUUUUACAAUAAUAGAACUGUAUCUAUCAUACUCAUUCUUGUUAUGAAGAAACUCCUUUUUCUAAGGAAUAUUUUUAAUUAUAACAUUCCCCCAAGAAAUAUGGUAUGCCAAACCCUCUCUACUGUAUUCAUACAAAUUUAGAAAGUUUUGUAAUAUUUUGCUUGCCUUCAGUAUAUUCCUCAUAAAUCUACCAUUUGGCAUUACAGUGCUAGAGUAAUAUACUGCUAGAUAUAUCUAUAUUUAUAUUUUCUCUUCAGAAUAUUUCCCAUGUCAUCUACCAUGCGGUGACUGUAUUUGAGCACUUUUCACCUCCAUGUUGAUGAGGGCAUUUCUGAUGGGGAUUUGUUAUAGCAUGUAGUUCAAAUGUUAAAGCAAUAGUUCUGAGUAAUGUUCUUAUGUUCAUUUUAGCAUGGACAAAGUUAAAUACUUGGCAGGCACUUUAAAGGGAUGAGUCUUUGCAGGUUUGAUUCUAUAGAAUGAACCUUUUGUAUCAAAGUUCCACAGAGGAGCAAACACGGGUAGUUAGCAGAGAGGUAAAAGGUAACUUCAGCUUUUUGUCUUAGAGGUUUUUUUGGUCUUUAAGCUGUUUCAAAAGACAUUGGAUCUAAGUGUUUCUGUUUCAUAAAUAAAUCUGUUGUUUACCUAAGGCAUACAAGACACACUGAUAGAAUAUAUUUCUGUGCAGCAUAUUUUACUUGACAUUAACUACUUCUACAUGGAACAUUUUUAGUAGGACUGAUAGGAUUUAAAUGGAAAUUAUUUUUCCUGUUAGUUUUGCAUCUUUCUACCCAUGUGUGUUUGGAGAAUAAAGGACUGUCAAGUCCAUUCCUAUCAUUUGUUCUGUAUCAGUUGUGUCCUAGUGAGCAGCUCUGAGAAGGUGCUUCUGCCAGGGUGCAGAAGAACUUGACCAGUUCAGAGUUUGGUGGUGAUUUUUGGCUGGUGCAAGGAAAUACUGAUAUGGUACUAUCAAUGAAGAUUUGAUGAGCUGGAUACCUAAAACCUAAAUUGAUGGCUUUGGUACUCAGGUGAAUGCAGCAUAUCUUUCUGAAAGUCAGGCAACUUGUUUAGAAGCUCAGUAGUUUGAGGAGUCUAAUCUCAGCCAUCAAACUUUGCAUAACCUGGCCCAAAUACAGACCCUUACACAUCUUACUGCCGUGUCUGACUGGGGAGCAGCCUGUCAAGGAGCAGAUUUUCAUACCCACGUGUUGCCAGUGACUGGCCAGCUAUGAAGUAAUGUGUUUAUGCAGUGGGUCAGUGUUGCCAUGUCUAACAAUGUUGUAUCUUUUGAAUCUUUAAAAUGUUUGUUAAUAUAUUUUGCACAAUGUCAAUUUUCUCCUACAGUGUAGGAUUUUUGUUAUUUUAACACUCGUACAGUGCAUUUGCAUGGCCUGCUCUUUCAAAUAGAAAGAGUCAGGAAUCAGAGCAUCUUGCUUUGGAUAAGAGUAAAAUGUAAUGUAACAAAAACUACUAAAUCUGAAUAGUAAGAGUGUUCCUGUGAAGCAUUGCCAAAGAUUUAAGAGACAGGAAAUUCUGACAGAAAACUCCUCUGAAUAAUAAGAGUGUUCAUUGAGCUUUUAAAGUACUGUAAUAUAAAUUGCAAGUUAAGAUGCAGGGAGUGAAUCUGAGUGAUUUAAUAGGUAUGGUUUACAUUAAUAUAUAUUUAAGAUAGAAAUGUACUUUAACACAAGCUAAAUUAAACUGGAAAAUAUAUGUGAUUGGCUUAUAUUCCUGGCAAGGAACAGAAAGCUAUUGUAUUUAUAUACUGUACAUGCAUUUAUAUUUUACAAUAUAAUAUUGUUAACAGUUUUAGUGUAAUUUAAUCAUUAGCUGCACUAUAAGUAACUGGAUCAUUUUCUUGUCUGUAACUGUUCACCCUCAAGUACUGGGCAAGUAAGAGGAUGGGUUUGCCUAAUGUUCUGUAACUUAAGUCUUCUGUAUCAAUAAAGGCUACAAUAAUAUUACCUUGCUAA